AUGGACCUUGAGAAUAAGGCAGCAGGAGAAAUUGUUCCAAGUGAGGCUUUUCCUGAGGCCGGAGAAAUGGAUGAAGGGAUUGCACAAGAUGGGCGGAAGGUUGCACUUCGGAGGCCUCACUGUGGGGACAAGCGGAACACUUUCCAGGCAGUUUUGGCGUCUGAUGAGUCUGAUACCUACGCCCUCUUUCUUUACCCUGCCAAUGGCCUUCAGUUCUUUGGAACCCGCCCCAAAGAGUCUUAUAACGUCCAGCUCGAGCUUCCUGCCCGGGUGGGCUUCUGCCGAGGGGAGGUCGAUGACCUGAAGAGAGAGGGUCCCUACUUCAGCUUGACAAGCACUGAACAGUCUGUGAAGAAUCUCUACCAACAAAGCAACCUGGGGGCUCCUGGAGUGUGGGCUUUUCAUAUCGGCAGCACCCCCCGACUGGACAAUAUCAGGCCAGCAACAGUUGGAGGGGACCUUUCCAAAGGCCACUCUGCAGCUCCCCCCGAGCGUUCCUUCGGCCUCCCUGAGGUCCUGGAAAGUGACUACACUGAGGACAAUUUGGAUUAUUAUGAUGAGAAUGAGAAUGAGAAUGAGGGGGGAGUCGAAUACGCUCCGAGUGAACCAGAGGAAGCACUGAAUGGCCACAGCAGUGUUGAUGUUUCCUUCCAAUCGAAAACUGAGUCAAGACCCAUGGGGGGUGGAAUGUCUCCACCGAAUUCUGAUCUGGCCUCCCCUUUGCCGCAUCUGACCUCUAGUAACUGGCCAUUCUACCCUGAAACGGAAUCUGCCACCUUGAACCCUCAACCCAAAGAGGGGAGACAUCCGUGGGGGGUGGACACCCCAGAUUUAAACGUUCGCGUUGAGUCUUCUGAACAGCCAGGGACCAGAGGCCCAGCUCCAUCAGAAACAGAAGGAGAGUCACUGGAUCCUUCCCAGGGGACCCUGCCUCCGUAUCCUGAAAACAAAAGCAUCAACCCCUACACAUAUGGAGGGGCACCACCAUCAGAAGUGGAUGUUCCUCCAGCCCUCCCUGAAGGAAAGGUCGUUCUUCUAAACUAUCCCUUGCCAGCUCACAGUAUACCACUGGGCCGAGGGAGGCAAGUGUUAGGGGUGGAAGACGUCAUCACUUCCAACACUGAGGUCUUCACGUAUAAUGCUGCCGACAAGGAAACCUGCGAACGCAACCACGGACAGUGCUCCCCACACGCCUUCUGCACUGACUACACAACUGGCUUUUGCUGCCACUGCCAGUCCAGGUUUUACGGAAAUGGGAAGCACUGUCUGCCAGAAGGGGUACCGCAUCGAGUCAACGGGAAAGUGAGUGGCCACCUCCGCGUGGGCCACACGCCCGUCCGCUUCACUGACGUGGACCUACAUGCUUACAUCGUGGGCAAUGACGGCAGAGCCUACACGGCCAUCAGCCACAUCCCACAGCCCGCGGCCCAAGCCCUUCUCCCGCUCACGCCAAUCGGAGGCCUAUUUGGCUGGCUCUUUGCCUUAGAAAAACCAGGCUGGGAGAAUGGUUUCCGUCUCACAGGUGCCACCUUUACCCAUGACAUGGAAGUUAUUUUCUAUCCGGGGGAAGAGAGGGUUCGCAUCACUCAAACUGCUGAGGGACUUGACCCAGAGAACUAUCUGAGCAUUAAGACCAACAUUCAAGGCCAGGUGCCUUACAUCCCAGCAAAUUUCACAGCCCACAUAGCGCCCUACAAGGAGCUUUACCACUACACGGACUCAGCUGUGACCUCCACAAGUUCCAGAGACUACUCACUCAUCCUCGGUGGCAUCAACCAAACACUGUCAUACCGCAUCUACCAGAACAUCACUUACCAGGCGUGCAGGCACGCCCCCAGACACCGGGCCAUCCCCAAAACCCAGCAGCUGAAUGUGGACCGGGUCUUUGCCUUGUACACUGCUGGGGAAGGAGUACUUAGAUUUGCUGUGACCAAUCAGCUUGGCCCAGUUGAAGUGGACUCAAGCCCCACCCCAGUGAAUCCUUGCUUCGAUGGGAGCCACACAUGUGACACGAAAGCUCGGUGCCAUCCAGGGACAGGUGUAGACUACACCUGUAAGUGUGCCUCCGGGUACCAGGGAGAUGGACGGAGUUGUGUGGAUGUAAAUGAAUGUGCAACGGGCUUCCAUCACUGUGGCCCCAACUCUGUGUGUACCAACUUGCCGGGCAGCUACAGCUGUGACUGCCGGAGUGGUUAUGAGUUUGCAGAUGACCACCACACUUGUAUAUUGAUCGCCCCACCUCCCAACCCCUGUGCGGAUGGCAGUCAUUCCUGUGCUCCUGCCGACCAGGCCCGGUGCAUUUACCAUGGGGGCAGCACGUUCAGCUGCACCUGCCUGCCUGGUUACACUGGCAGCGGGCACCAAUGUACUGAUGUUGAUGAAUGCUCGGAAAACAGAUGUCACCCCUCGGCUACCUGCUACAAUACCCCUGGCUCGUUCUCCUGCCGAUGCCUCCCUGGAUAUCAUGGGGAUGGAUUUCAGUGCGCGCCUGACCCCACAUCAGGACUGAAACCCUGUGAACGCCAGCAGCGCAGUGCCCACGCUCAGCACACCUAUCCUGGCUCCCGGGUGCACAUCCCCCAGUGCGAUGAGCAGGGCCACUUCCUGCCACUGCAGUGUCACGGGAGCACUGGCUUCUGCUGGUGCGUGGACCCCAAUGGUCACGAAGUCCCCGGCACCCGGACUCCACCCGGCUCCACACCACCUCACUGCGGACCAGCAGAGCCCACCCGGAGGCCCCGGACUGUCUGCGAGCGCUGGAGGGAAAACCUGCUGGAGCACUACGGUGGCACGCCCAGGGACGAUCAGUAUGUGCCUCAGUGCGAUGACCUGGGCCACUUCACCCCCCUGCAGUGCCACGGGAAGAGUGACUUCUGCUGGUGCGUGGACAAAGAUGGCAGAGAAGUGCAGGGCACCCGCUCCCAGCCAGGCACCACCCCUGCAUGUAUACCCACCGUUGCGCCACCCACAGCCCGGCCCCUGCCCCGGCCUGAUGUGACCCCUCCGUCUGUGGGCACUUUCCUGCUCUACGCCCAGGGCCAGCAGAUCGGUCACUUGCCCCUCAAUGGUACCAGGCUCCAGAAGGACAUGGCCAAGACCCUGCUGUCACUGCAUGGCUCCAUAGUCGUGGGAAUUGACUAUGACUGCCGCGAGAGGAUGGUGUACUGGACAGAUGUUGCUGGCCGGGCAAUCAGCCGUGCCAGUCUGGAGCCAGGAGCAGAGCCUGAGACGAUCAUCAGCUCAGGUCUGAUAAGCCCUGAAGGACUUGCCAUUGACCACUUCCAUAGAACAAUGUAUUGGACGGACAGCGGCCUGGACAAGAUAGAGAGGGCCAGGCUGGACGGCUCUGAGCGGAAGGCCCUCUUCCACACGGACCUGGUGAAUCCUCGAGCCAUUGCUGUGGAUCCAAUCCGAGGCAACUUGUACUGGACAGACUGGAAUCGUGAGGCUCCCAAAAUUGAAACGUCUUCUUUAGAAGGAGAAAACAGAAGAAUUCUGGUGAAUAAAGACAUUGGACUACCUAAUGGUUUAACCUUUGAUCCCUUCUCCAAACUGCUCUGCUGGGCAGACGCAGGAACCAAGAAACUGGAGUGUACGCUACCUGAUGGGACUGGACGGCGGGUCAUUCAGAACCACCUCAACUACCCCUUCAGUAUUGUCAGCUUUGCAGAUCACUUCUACCACACAGACUGGAGGAGGGAUGGUGUUAUAUCAGUAAAUAGAGAUAGUGGCCAGUUUACUGAUGAGUAUCUCCCGGAGCAGCGAUCUCAUCUCUACGGGAUAACUGCCGUCUACCCCUACUGCCCAACAGGUAAACAAAAUGUGCAGGGUGCUCCUUUGGAUCAGCAGGGUAGAGAAGGAUAUACCUGGUAA